AUGGACGGCUCCACUCUUCGCCCAGCAACAGCGCCGUACAAGCGGCGCCUUACUCCACCCGUCUCGCGCACCACCACCCCAGCCAACCCCAACAGCAUGGCACAAGGGCCCGCGGCUUCGGCGUCGUCGCUGUCUGCGCGCCCCGCUGUCAACACCCCUCCUCGCGGUCGCGGCGGUAACACCAACGCUCCCGUUGGAGACGACUAUGACGCCGACGACAGCGACGGCGCAAAUGCCGGGAACGUUACUCCCUCGGCUGGAUAUGCAUACUCGACCACGCUGAGGCGGUACAAUUCUGCCCAGUCGCCUACGCGCGCUCGCGGCGGGUCUGUGGGCAGCACUGGGGGCCGCGGUCGCGGCGGUGCGCGUGGCCGCGACAGCAACGCGGCCGACGAGCGGGACGCGUCCAACCCCUUUGCGCCAGCCGAGGGUGGGUUUGACGGAUAUGCCUAUCCCGAGGGGUCUGGUGAAGGAGCGUCGUUUGUCGAAAAGGCAAUGGACUUUGUCCGCCGUGUCACUGGCCAGAGGGGUUACGAAGAGGUUCAGCGCGAGUCGCGGGAACGCGACGACAGGCGCCAGGUGGCCACGCCAAGUGCUGUGUAUGCGCACAAGACCGUGGAGGAGACGCUGCGCGAUUUCUCGACCGACGCGGACAAGGGUCUUUCGUCGUCGCAGCUGCCGGCACUCAAUGCGCAGUACGGUCCCAACGAGUUUGAGCUCCCGCCCGACGAGCCGCUCAUGCUCAAGUUUGCCAAGCAGGUGUACGAGAACCCCCUCAUUCUCCUUCUUCUCGGCAGCAGUGCUGUCUCGGCUCUCAUGGGCAACUAUGAGGAUGCCGGAUGUGUCGUCAUUGCCGUCGCCAUUGUCCUGACUGUCGGGUUUGUCCAAGAGCAGAGGUCCGAAAAGUCCCUCGAGGCUCUCAACAAGCUCGUCCCUCACUUCUGCCACUUGAUCCGUAAUGGCCACAUCCACUCGCCUCUUGCCAAUGGCCUCGUCCCUGGUGACCUCGUCACAUUCCAGGUCGGCGACCGUAUCCCUGCCGACAUUCGCCUGAUCCGUGCUGUGGAUCUCGAGAUUGACGAGAGCGCCUUGACUGGCGAAACCCGCCCGGCACGCAAGAACACGACCGAGUGUGAGCGCGGCGAGGGCGAGGACACCCACGGUGAGGGUGGCGGCAAGGCCCUCGGCGAGCGUCACUGCAUGGCAUUCAUGGGUACGCUCGUUCGCAGUGGCCACGGCGCCGGUAUCGUCGUCGGCACUGGUCGCGACUCCGAGUUUGGUGUCGUCUUUUCGAUGAUGCAGGAUGUUGAGGAGAAGCGCACGCCUCUGCAAAUCUCCAUGGACGAGCUCGCCAAGCAGCUGUCAAUCUUUUCGUUUGGGAUCAUUGGCGUCAUUGUCCUCAUUGGCGUGGUGCAGCACCGCUCGUGGCUGGAAAUGUUCACUAUCGGUGUCUCGCUUGCCGUCGCUGCCAUCCCCGAAGGUCUCCCCAUCGUCACUACCGUCACUCUCGCUCUCGGCGUGCUACGCAUGUCCAAGCGCAAGGCCAUUGUCAAGAAACUCCCCUCGGUCGAAGCCCUCGGCUCUGUCAGUGUCAUUUGCUCGGACAAGACGGGCACGCUCACCAAGAACGAAAUGACCGUCACCCACGCGUACACUGUCGACGACAUGCUUGACCUGAACCCUUACCUCGACGCCGCCUCGAGCUUGGGCCCUCGCCACCCGGACACUGCAUCGUUCAAGCCCUCGGCUGCGCUCUUGAAAACGGCUCUCAUCGGCAACCUGUGCAACAAUGGCUUCCGCAACGAGCAAGGCGUCUACGUCGGCAACUCGACCGAGGUUGCCCUCCUCAACGUCCUGUCUGCUCUCCGCUGCGAGGAUGAACGCAAAAACUUUGAGCGCAAGAACGAGAUUGCCUUUUCGUCAGAGAACAAGACCAUGUUCGUCAUGGGCUCGUACAACGGCGGCGCCGACAUGGUGUACAUGAAGGGUGCUGUUGAGACCGUCCUCGCUCGCUGCAAGUACUACUACGUCGCCGACUCGUCAACCCCCACCCUCGAUGAUGCUAUGCGCAGGAAGAUUCUCGACCGCUCCACCGAAGUUGCCACACGCGGCCUGCGUGUCAUCGCCAUGGCCUACGGCUUCUCCAAGGGCACCUUCGGUGAAGAGGACUCGCUCAUCUUUACAGGUUUCGAGGCUAUGAAGGACCCUCCCCGCCGUGGCGUCGCGCACGCUAUUACUAGCUUGCACACGGCCGGUGUCCAGGUCGUCAUGAUCACUGGCGACGCCGAGGCCACCGCCAUUGCGAUCGCGCGCGAACUUGGUAUGAAGGUCUCCCCGUCGUCAGGGGUCGAGGGUGCUCCGCAAGGCGCUUCCAGCGUCAUGCUUGGUUCCCAGCUGGACGCUCUGUCGGAAGCCGAGCUCAUCGAGCUCGUCCCCUCUAUCACGGUCUAUGCGCGCACUACCCCGAGGCACAAGAUGGCCAUUGUCAAGGCUUGGCAGCAGCGUGGCGCGGUUGUCGCCAUGACUGGUGACGGUGUCAACGAUGCUCCUGCACUCAAGAUGGCCGACAUUGGCGUGUCCAUGGGCCGCUCGGGAACCGAUGUCGCCAAGGAAGCCGCGGACGUGAUCCUUGUCGAUGACGACUUUGGAUCCAUCCUCCCGGCUAUCGAGGAGGGCCGCUCCAUCUUCUACAACAUCCAAAACUUCCUCAGCUUCCAGCUGUCCACCGCCGUCGCUGCCCUGUCGCUCAUCACGCUCUCGACCCUCCUCCGUCUCGCCAACCCGCUCAACGCCAUGCAGAUCCUGUUCAUCAACAUUCUCAUGGACGGCCCUCCAGCCCAGGCUCUCGGUGUCGACCCGGCCAGGCGGGAAGUCAUGUCCCUCCGCCCGCGCAAAAAGGAGUCGUCUGUCCUGUCCCGCGCCGUCAUUAUCCGCGUCCUCUUCUCGGCGGCCAUGAUCGUCUUUGGCACACUGCUCAUCUACGCCCAGGCCACGUCGGACGGCUCAAUGUCGCGCCGCGACCAGACCAUGACGUUUACGGGCUUUGUCUUCCUCGACCUCGUCUCGGCCAUCCAGAACCGCGGCGUCACCACAGCACUGGGCCGCAACAAGAUGCUCUUCCUCACCGUCACCGUCUCGUUUGUCGCCCAACUGGCACUCAUCUACGUGCCCCUCCUCCAACACAUCUUCCAGACCGAGGCACUGAGCUUUAGGGAUCUCUUUGUGCUUCUCGGCCUCGGCGCGACAAGCUUUACCCUCCACGAGGCCAGGAGGUGGUGGGAGAGGAAGGUGGCAAAGGAGGAGUUUGAAAGUGGCGUCUUGGCCAUUGCCUAA